AGUCGGAAUGCAGUGGGCAGGGGCUGCGCGCUACGGUGCGGUGGUUGGUGCGCUCAAUACACAUGUUUUGCGCUUCUCAGAGGACAGCGUCAAACUAAACCGUGACCGUGCUGAAACUAAAUUAAAAAGGAUAUAAUGGCUUCUAUUCCACUGGUGCUACUACUUUUAAUGUCUUCUUCGGCGCUUUACUGGGCAGUUUAUACCGGACCGUUAAAACCGGAAAUGUCCAACGGCACUUUUCAUCACUUCUUCGUACCGGACGGUGAUUAUGAGGAUAAUGAUGACCCCGAGCAAUGUCAAAUGCUUUUUAAAUUCGCAGACCGGCGUGCGUGUGGUGUCCAUCACGACGAAGACAGCGAUUCAGUGGUACGUGACGACUUUAUCAUCGUAAAGCACCAAAUUGAAGACGCCGCAAGGUUGUUGGAAAGCAUCGGCAUGAGUAUUUCACAUGACCUGGACGGAGAGGAUAGCUAUGAGAAGUUUCUCACUGGGGAGAUCACUCAGAUCUCUGAGGCUUUUACAAGCGUGGAGAAAUCUCUCCUGGAGUUGGAGGUGAAGUUCAAACAGAGUCAAGAUAACGAUCUGAGAGGGGAGAGCCAGCUCAAUGACUACGUUCUGAAGCCUAUCUAUGAAGUUAAGGACUCACUGAGGGAGACAACGGACAUUUCAUUGGGACUCAGAGAUAAACAUGAACUGUUGUCUCUCAUUGUUCGCAGUCAAGGGUCAAGGUUGAGUCGCCUCAAGACAGAUUAUCUCAAUGUAUAGUAUAAAUGUUAAAAACAAUUGUAAUUUGUUAUUAUCUAUGUAAAGGAAUGUGUGUGACUCAGAGUGUGUGUGUGUGUGUGUGUGUGUGUGUGUGUGUGU